AUGACAGCAUGUAGAAGUGGUAUUAGUCAAAAUGAACUUGAAGAUGUUCUUUCACUUGAUGAUGAUGUACUUAAAAGUGUUUUUGAACAUUAUAUACCACCUGUUCGACGUUUACCAGGAAUUUUAUGGACACGAAUUCGAAAUGAUUUAGAUGAAUAUAUUACUGAAAAAGAAGUUGAUGAUGCACCUGUUAUUUAUUGGUAUCAUCGUCGAUUUAUUGAAGUAGCGCGAGAAUUAUACAUAUCAAAUUUAACUGAUACAGAUCGAAAAAUAAUUUUUCAGAAUGUUGUUGAUUUGUUUAAAGAAACAUGGAAAGGAAAAAAUAAACCAUUUAAAAUUGAUGAUCCUAAAUUAGUUAAUAAAUAUAAAUUAGAUGAAUCAGCUGGUGAAAUUCAAGCAAACCGUUUUACAACAUCACAACCUGUUGAAUUUAUUGAUGUUGAUGGUCGAAUACAAUAUAAUAAACGAAAAUUAAACGAAUUACCUCAAUUUUUAAGUAAAUUAGCACCUGAUAUAGCAGUUCCAAUUGCAGCUGAAGAAAUCCUUUUUAAUUAUUCAUUUAUGCAUGCUAAAUUUAGUUGUUCAUCAUUUCUUGAUAUUCAAAAUGAUAUUGAUCAGUUUGAAAAUAUAUCAUCUUAUAAAUCAUCCGAUGAAGUUCGAAUGGCUCAAAAAGAACUUUCAAUUCUUCGAAUGGCUUAUUUAUUAUUUGGUCUUUUACUUAAUGAAUAUCCAGAUAAUUAUGCAUUUGAAUUAACAUCACGUUUAGUAAUAUUAUAUGGUUUAAAAACUAAUAUAACUAAUUUAUUAAAACAAUGUGAUGAACAAAGUCCACGUCAUUGUGCACUUAUUGUACCAUAUUGUCAAAUACAACCACCAGGAAAUGGUUUACUCUAUUCAAUGAAUAAACAUACAAUGCCUGUCGUUGAUUUAGAUUUCACAAAUAAUCAAAUGGCAGUUAUAUCAUUAUCAAAUAAAAUAAUUGUUUUUAAUAUGGGCACAUUUAAUACAGCAGUAGACAUUAAAUUACCUAAAUUAAAUGAACCUUAUUUAAAUUCGACAACACUACCAAAAAUGAUUAUUCGUCAUACAAAGGAAGAUAAUACUAAUAAUGAUUCCGAUGAUUCUGAUAAUUCUUCGGAUUCAGACAAUGAUGAAGAAAAAUUUAAACAAUAUGUUUUUUUUGUUAAUUCAUUUCAUCAUGUUUAUCUUGUAUCAAGUCAUGGUGAUAUUAAAUUUCAUCGAACAUCAAUAAAAGGAUAUUCAACUGUUGAAAUAAUUAAUAAUAAACGUGGUUUAUGUAUACUUGUUGAAAAAAAUUCUAAUACUGUUGAAUGUUGGAGUUUAGGAGAAAAUAAAUUAUUUUCUAAAAUUGAUUUAUCAUUAACAUCAUCAAUUAAAACAGUUUUACAUUCUAAAUUAAGUUCAUCAUUAAUUAGUAUUGUUCUUUAUGAUGG